UGGUUAAUGAUGACCACAAGCAUCCAAACUGCAAAAUGAAGAGGGUCAUAACAGAGGGCAAACCACACCUCUGCCUAUUUGCUUUGAAGGACAUUAAUGAAGGAGAAGAAAUAAGAUAUGACUAUGGUGGAACUGAUUGGCCUUGGAGGAAACAGGAGGACAAACAAUCGGAUGCCACGGAGUCUUUUGAGGCUGACAUCUUCAGAACAACCGAGCAGACUCCUCAGAGGUCAUCCAGCUUCAAGACACAGUGCCCACACGAUCCAGAACCCUUACCUUCAAUGAACAAAGUUGGAAUGAAUCCUUCCCUGGUGGACUACACACAUUCUGAUGAAUCUCAGAGUCCAAGCACAAAUCAUGACCAGUUUAAUUCAAGCUGCCGGACAUGGUGCCCGACUUCUGAGUUCGAACUAAGCCUCACCCACCAGGACGGAGAUUAUAUUCCAAGGCUGAGGAGGACCAAAAGCAUACAGAUGAACAGAAAGGUUGAGUUUACUUCAGAUGAUCUUUUUGACCUCACCCCAGGCAGCAGUGGAGAGGAAUAUUUUCCUCACAGUAGUGAGGAUUCAUCUGAAGGUACAGACACAAGCGAAGUCAUUCAACCAGUCAAUCAGAAAGAGAGCAUGCUUAGAUUUCCAAUCCUAGGGAAGUAUGCUGACAUCCGAGAACUGAACGAUGUGUUGUCAAAGCAAAUCCUUAACAGAGGACGCUCACCUCCAAGAAGAGGGGGCAACUCUGGUAUGAGACGUAAAAGGCAAUGUUCAAGCAGUUCAAGACUUGCAUCCUACCCUACAACACAAGCAAGUAGUGGUCACUCAACAAAACGGAGUGGAGAGGGAGACCCUGAAUCUCUAUUACAGAAAACACCUGAUCUGGAGAAAGAUAUUCCUGACAGUGCCUCUUCCCUCCAUACAGAAGAAGUAGCUGAUGGAUCACUUUCCAUAUCUGCUGUCUGUAAAAAGGAGAACGGGUCAAGAAUGUACAACAAAAAACAAUACUGUUUGUACUGUAGGGAGGGAUUCAUAAAAAUGGCAAGGCAUUUGGAGAGUGCUCAUAAAGAUAAACCAGAGGUUGCACAGGCUCUGUCCUUUCCAAAAGGCUCCAAAGAAAGACGAAUGCAUAUGGAAUAUUUGAGAAACAGGGGCAACUUUGCACACAAUGUGGAUGUAUUAAAUGCUGGUGUUGGAAAUCUUGUUCCUCGCAAGCAACCAAGGAAGGAUUGUCAAGCACAGAAUUUCCUGCAUUGUAUACAUUGUCAUGGUUUCUUCACAAAGAACGUUCUUUGGCGGCACAUGAUGACCUGCAAGUUCAAGCCGAGUGUUCCACAAAAACCUGGCAAAACUCGUGUCCAGGCCCUCUGCGCAUUUGCUGUACCUCCACCACCUGGUGUCAAGGUGGAAUUUUGGCAGCUGCUAAACAACAUGGUUCAAGAUGAAGUUUAUUCUGUACUGAAAUCAGAUGUCUGUAUCAUGGAGUAUGGUGAGCUUUUGUAUAACAGGCUUGGAUAGGAUGUUGGCAUACAUGAAUACAUCCGUUAGAA